UAUAAAUAAAAGAUAAGCUCGAGAUGAUCCUCACAAUAUCUCCGAUAUCACAAUCGGACAUCGAGCUGCUCAUCGAGCGCUAAUUAUAAUUUUAUUGACCAAGCAAAUUAAAUCACAUUUUAGGCGCAAGUUAAUUUAAAGUCAGUUACAGUUCAGACGUCGUAAGUUGUUGUAUGGAUGGUGUUAUUACAUUCGGUGAUCGAGUGUCGUCGACCAUUCGUUCAUUCAUAAAAAAUAUACCGCGUUUUGUUAAUACAACGAACACAAUAUGGUGAUAAGUGACUGGGCGAAAUCGGGAAAUUGUGAAAAAACUAUAACUCUUUCUAAUAAUCACAAUUUGAUAUUGAACUAAACAAGUGCCUUUUUUUUAUUUUAACAACUUUAAUAUUUUUGUUUAUUAUUUUUGCUGUCAUUAAGUACGUAUCUACAAUAGUUAAAAUGAAGCAAACUUUGUGCAAUGAGUUACCGACGCUUUCGAAGAAAAUCUCGGAAAAAAGUGCAAAAUCCUUACAACCGAAGGGAGCAACGUCUGAGUCCAAUACAAACAACGACGAGAUAGACCCAUCGAAAAGGAAGUUUACAUUAAAACAGAAACUAGCUCUAGUAUCAUUAUCAAUUGUAGAUUUUGUCAGUUAUUGCUCAAUGUCCAUAUUGGCCCCGUUUUUCCCCAAGGAAAGUAGUCAAAGGGGGAUGUCAGAAACUGUCGCUGGCUUUGUUUUUAGUUUUUACGCCCUUGUCAUAUUCAUAUCUUCGCCGAUUUUUGGAAAAUUAGUUCCUAAAUUUGGACUGAAGACAGUAUUCAUUGGAGGACUUCUGCUUUCUGGAGUGUGCAACAUAUUGUUCGGAUUAAUACAGUAUGUAGAAGACUCAUUAACAUUUACGAUUUUAUGCUUUGUGAUCCGGGGAACGGAAGCUCUUGGAGCUGGAGCGUUUUCUGUUUCCGGCUAUGUUGCAGUUGUAAACAUUUUCCCUUAUAAUGCGGGUGCUGUAAGGGGUAUUUUGGAAACGUUUGUUGGACUGGGGUUAAGUGUAGGACCAGCAAUAGGUGGAGUUCUAUUCGCGGCUGGAGGUUUUGGACUGCCCUUUUAUGUUGUCGGUAGCUUUACAAUAGCAAUGGUUCCGUUGAACCUGUGCUUGUUAUCAACAUCCAAAGAAUAUUCAAAUGAAGAGAAGGAAGUAUCUUUCCGAAACACAUUAAAAAUACCAUCAGUAUUAAUCACUUGUUUUAUAAUCAUUGUAGUUGCAAUCACCUGGAGUUUUUUAGAGCCAACGUUGGAACCCCAUCUUAGAAAAUUCUCACUGAGCCCAGAAAACGUUGGCUUGGUAUUUUUACUUACUUCGGCUAUGUAUGGUAUUUCUAGUCCAUUUUUCGGUUGGAUAACCGAUAGCUUUAAUUGUUAUUGGUACUUGAUGCCAACAGGGCUGCUCUUUUCAGGAAUAAGCCUACUAUUUUUAGGACCUUCGCCGAUGUUCGUUUUUUUGGAAGAUUCAGUAUGGCUUAACAUCGGAGCCGUGGCCGUACUCGGAAUAGCUGUUGCAAUGAGUCUAAUGCCAACAAUGCAAAGUUUAUUGGACGGAUGCGUGGAAGGAGGUCUUGGGGAAGGUUUGGCCACACAGAGUGUAGUGUCAGGUUUAUGGGGGAGUGUGUACGCUUUUGGGGAAGUUCUUGGUCCAGUAAGUGGAGGAGCUUCCCUGCAACAAUUCGGUUUCCCCAUGACAUCUACAAUAGUGGCCAUACUUAAUGUGAUAUCGGCAAUAAUAGCAUUCACAUACUUCAUGAGCAAAACCAAUAACAGUGACGCUACCAUUAAAUAUGGUAUCAAUGCUGACACACCCUGUACAGGAAAUUACAAGGACCGCAACUGUGAAGAAGCAGUCAGUAACGACAUUAUUCGGCAACAACAAAUGAAUUGUUAAAAAAAGUAAUAUUAAUAAUAAUAACAUAUUGAACAGAUACUUGUGACUAUUUUUAUUAACGCAAAUAUAUUUUUUUGUAAUACUU